AUGUAUUCUGCACGUAAAUAUGGUAAUAUUAAGGGCAUUUUCAUUUACAUGAAUGAUUCGACCGAUCCCCAUUCCCAAAGUUCAUCACAGCUGAGCAGUGAAUAUAAACCAAAAAAUUUUGCACCAUCGCCCGAUUUUCGAUGGCUCUGCGCUGAACUUUUUGCCAAACUAGAUACCAUAAGUGAAAACCGUCCAAAGUAUGGCAAAUCGGCUACCGUAAAGUACCUUGAGGUUAUCAUAUACUUCAUAAAGCUUUGGAGAACAACUGUUGGUGAUAACUUCUAUCCGGUUUUGCGCUUAAUUCUUCCAUAUAGGGACAUUAGGACGUACAACAUAAAGGAGUUCACAUUAAUUAAGGCCCUUUGUAAAUCUCUAAACCUACCAAGAGAUUCGCUUACCGAAAGAAGGCUGAUUAAUUGGAAACAGUAUGCCGGUCGAGGCGUCAACCUAUCUCACUUUUGCGUGCAAGAGAUCUCAAAAAGAAGGAGAGAACCGGAGAACUUGGGAUCAAUGUCAAUUGACAAGCUCAACGAGACGCUCAGUGAUCUAUCGAAAGAAGCAUCUACCACGAAAUGGGGUUUUACAGGCCUAUCAGAAUCACCCUCUUUCCAAUACUGCAUGCAACAUAUGUCGUUCUUGGAGCUAAGGUACUUUUUUGAUAUUAUUCUCAAAGUGAGAGUUAUUGGCGGCUUAGAGCACAAGUUUUUGAGCUGCUGGCAUCCUGAUGCCCAAGACUACUUAGGAGUUGUGUCAGAUCUCAAGGUUCUCACAGAAAAAUUAUGGGACCCCUCGGUAAGGCUAGGAAGGACAGAUCUCUCAAUAAAUAUUGGGUACGCGUUCGCCCCACAUCUUGCCAAAAGAAUACACAUUUCCUAUGAGAAAAUAUGCGUCAAGUUGAAGAGUGAUUUCUUAAUCGAAGAGAAAAUGGAUGGUGAAAGAAUUCAGCUACAUUAUAUGGAGGGUGGUUCGAAACUGCGAUUCCUUAGUAGAAGGGGCACGGAUUAUACACACUUAUACGGAGAAAGUGUGCAACAAGGCGUUGUUUCACAAUUUUUGAGGUUAAAAGAUGAUGUUCGCGAUUGCGUGCUAGACGGGGAAAUGGUGAGUUUUGACAAAGAUCGAAAAGUUGUCCUCCCAUUUGGGAUUGUCAAGUCGUCUGCAGUGCAAGAGCUUGUUAAUGCAAGUGCGAGCAUUGAAAACGAGGGUUAUAGGCCUUUAUACAUGAUAUUCGACUUGGUCUACCUAAAUGGAGUGUCCCUCACGAGAUUACCCCUGCAUGUACGGAAAGAGUAUCUGAAAGCGAUCCUAACACCGGUCCCCUAUGCUGUCGAAAUUUUACCAGGGUUAAGAUCUGAAGAUCCCAGCGCUAUUACGACUUCAUUACAACGGGCUAUAGAAAUGGGCUCUGAGGGCCUUAUUCUCAAGCAAUAUUCUUCUACGUAUGAUAUUGGCGCCCGGAACGACCACUGGGUUAAGAUAAAACCUGAAUACUUUGAAGAUCUUGGCGAGACGAUGGAUUUGAUAAUUAUUGGUCGGGAUCCAGGUAAAAAAGACUCCCUUAUGUGUGGCCUUGUUGAAACUAGGAGUGAAGAAGAACAGUUGAUCAUUGAAAAAAGCUCUGGUAAAAACUCCUCUAGCACUCUAACAGUUCUUUCUUUUUGUAAUGUUGCCAACGGUGUCUCGGACGAGGAAUUCAAAGAAAUUGACAGGAAAACCAGAGGCUUGUGGAAGGCAUUCAAGGUCCAGUCUCCACCCGAAAGUCUAUUGGAAUUUGGUACCAAACAACCAGUCGAAUGGAUUGACCCCCGAUUAUCACUAGUUUUGGAGGUAAAGGCAAGAUCUGUCGAUAACAAUGAUCAGAUAGGUAAGAAAUAUAAGGUUGGCAGUACUCUGCAUGGUGCCUAUUGUCGAAGGAUCAGAGACGACAAGGACUGGACAAGCUGUGCUACCGUUGAACAAUAUCAACAAGCCAAAAGAGCUCAUAAUUACUACGCCUACAAGAAGAGAGGUCAUGAAGUUUCUGCAAGGAAGAGAAAGAGUCCGAAAAUUCCAAAACUCAGCUAUCUUGAAGAUAGCGGAGCUCUGAAUACAGUCCAAGAGACCAAGAUUUUUGAAGGAAUAAAUUUCUAUAUUUUAAGUGAUUUUGUGGACCUUUGUGGGAGACGUUACGACAAGCAAUUGAUAGCCUUAGAAGUGAAGAAACAUGGUGGCAAUUUGAUGCAUAAUAUUACAGUUAAGCCGGAGGAAUUGUCCAGUCUAUGGAUUGUUAGCGGAAAAACGACGAUUGAGUGCCGGUCUCUAUUCGAAAGGGGUUACGAUAUCAUUGACCCGAGCUGGGUAUUUGACAGUAUAGCGAGCGGGGCUCGUGUGCGAAUGGAGCCAAAGCACUGCUUCUACGCAUCGUGCAGGUUACUCGAUAACAGCAAAAGGAGAGUCGACAAGUUUGGCGACAGCUUUUGUCGGCCUUCAUCCCGAGUGGAAUUGCAGCGAUUGAUUGAGGCCUCAUAUAAGACGGUUGCUGAGUCUCGAAUCGGCGUCUUGUCAGAGCUGGACGCGGCUCCCCUGUUUAUGUUACAGCGCUACCAAGUUUAUGUUGUUGCAAAUAGCCCAAUAUUGACCGAAGUUCAAGAAAUGAAAACCACUAUUAAGUUGUUCGGAGGAAGCAUCGUUGAGAACAUAAGUCAAUGUAAUUUAAUCAUAGCUCAUUCCGUACCAAAGAAUGAGGACUGUUUCUCUAUCAAGCAACUAAGAAAAGAAGUCGCCAAAAAAUUCCUGGGAGAGGUUUCCAUUGCUAGAUUUGUGCCCCACAUAGUGAACACUAGAUGGCUUAAGGCAUGUGUGGAUGAACAGUGCUUAGUGCCGGAAGAAGAUUAUCCAUUUGUAUGA